UCUUACAUCUCCCAUCACUCAGCCCAGCCAUUUAACAAAUUACCUUCUUUCUAAUCAUUUCAAGCUUAAAAAACACAGCCAUGGGUGCCAUCACUUAUGAUAUGGAGAUUCCUUCCUCAAUCCCGGCCGCCAAGAUGUUUAAGGCCCUCGUUCUCGAUGCAGACACCCUUAUUCCUAAGAUCAUGCCUCAAGCCAUCAAGAGUGUCGAGAUCCUGGAGGGAGACGGUGGCGUGGGAACCGUCAAGCUCAUCCAUUUUGGUGAGGGAAGCCAGUAUAAGAGCGUGAAGCACCGUGUCGAUGCUACUGACGAGGAAAAUUUGACCCACAGCUACACCGUUGUUGAGGGUGAUGCCCUGGCCGGAGUUCUUGAAUCCAUUACAUAUCAUGUGAAGAUUGUGCCGACAGAAGAUGGAGGAUGCAUCUGCAAGAACAGGAGCACCAAGGGAGAUGUUGAGAUUAAUGAAGAGAAGAUCAAGGAAGGAAAGGAGAAGGCAACGCAGAUGUUCAAGGCCAUUGAAGCUUACCUCAAAGCCAAUGCCUAAGAGCUAACUAUAUGAUCUGAGGCACGUAAUAGUGUGAUAUUUCGUUCUUUUGAGUUGUGUAUUUGGGUUUUCAACCAUCAUAAAUUUAAAAUUGUACUUUGUUAUGUCAUUUCAAUAAAAGAUAUUGUUUAUUGGCUUGCUAUUA